UCGACCUCUUUGGAUGUCGACGGAGAAAUUGCUCGCCACUAACGGCGUUAAAUCCGACGGUGUCAUCAGAAGAACGGUGGCGACGGCGAAUUGUAUUAACGGCGGAAGUCAGAUAUUCGAGGAGCUUCCGAAGGCUAAGAUCGUCUCUGUCUCACGUCCCGACACGACUGAUUUUAGUCCUUUGCUUCUUUCUUACACCUUGGAGCUUCAGUAUAAACAGUUCAAGUGGACAUUACAAAAGAAAGCUUCACAAGUUUUAUACCUACACUUUGCUUUGAAGAAACGUUUGAUCAUUGAAGAACUCCACGACAAGCAAGAACAUGUAAGAGAGUGGCUGCACAGCUUAGGGAUCUUUGAUAUGCAAGGAUCAGUUGUACAAGAUGAUGAAGAACCUGACGAUGGUGCUCUUCCUUUGCAAUACACUGAAGAUAGUGUCAAGAACAGGAAUGUUCCUUCGCGUGCAGCGUUAUCAAUCAUCCGUCCAACAUUAGGCCGGUCAGAGACUGUUGUAGACCGUGGGAGAGCCGCAAUGCAAGGCUACUUGAGUCUCUUUCUAGGGAACUUGGACAUUGUUAACUCCAAAGAGGUGUGCAAGUUCUUGGAAGUUUCUAGACUAUCCUUUGCUAGAGAGUAUGGCUCUAAGAUGAAAGAAGGGUAUGUCACAGUGAAAGACCUGAAGGAAGUCCCAGGAUCUGAUGGUGGUCGAUGCUGUCUUCCUUCACAUUGUCUAGGCUGCUUUGGUAAUAACUGGUCAAAGGUUUGGGCGGUUCUGAAACCUGGCUUCUUGGCGUUACUCGAAGAUCCUUUCGACGGAAAGCUUCUAGAUAUAAUGGUGUUCGACUCAUUAGGGUUUCAAGGUACAAAAGAGUCUUCUGAGCAACCGCGUUUGGCUGAACAGGUGAAGGAACGCAACCCGUUGCGUUUUGGAUUUAAUGUUAUAAGUGGAGACAGAACCGUGAGGUUCAGAACUACGAGCUGCAGGAGAGUUAAAGAGUGGGUUAAGGCCGUGGACGAGGCUGGUUCCUACAAUCCACAUAGGUUUGGUUCUUUUGCGCCGCCUAGAGGAUUGACAUCAGAUGGAAGCCAAGCUCAGUGGUUUGUAGAUGGUCACACUGCGUUUGAAGCCAUUGCUUUUGCUAUCCAAAACGCUACUUCAGAGAUAUUUAUCACUGGUUGGUGGUUAUGUCCGGAGCUAUAUCUCAAACGCCCGUUUCAAGAUCAUCCAUCUUUGCGUCUAGAUGCCUUGCUUGAGACCAAAGCAAAACAGGGUGUUAAGAUUUAUAUUCUUAUGUAUAAAGAAGUUCAACUCGCGCUGAAAAUCAAUAGUAUGUACAGCAAGAAACGGCUUCAAAACAUUCACAAGAACGUUAAAGUUCUUCGUUAUCCAGACCAUCUCUCCACCGGAAUAUACCUCUGGUCGCACCAUGACAAGAUAGUGAUUGUAGAUUACCAAGUCUGCUUCAUUGGAGGGUUAGAUCUUUGUUUCGGUCGGUACGAUACAGCUGAACACAAGAUUGGAGACUGCCCUUCUCGUAUAUGGCCAGGAAAAGAUUAUUAUAACCCUAGACAAUCUGAACCAAACUCAUGGGAGGAAACAAUGAAAGACGAGCUAGACCGAAGAAAAUUACCUAGAAUGCCAUGGCAUGAAGUUCACUGUGCUCUCUGGGGACCGCCUUGUCGCGAUGUGGCUAGACAUUUUGUCCAAAGGUGGAACCACUCUAAGAGAAACAAGGCACCUAAUGAACAGACGAUUCCUUUGCUGAUGCCUCAGCACCAUGUUCUUCCUCACUACUUGGGAACUAGAGAGAUCGAUAUCAUCUCAACAUCUAAACCAGAGGAAGACCCUGACAAACCUGUUGUUCUAUCCAGACAAGACUCAUUCUCAUCUGCCUCACCUCCUCAAGACAUCCCUUUGCUUCUCCCGCAAGAAACCGAUGCGGAUUACUCCACUAAAGGAGAUAUAAAGUUUGAUAGAUGUUCAAGACAAGCCCUAGAUGGUCGAGAUGAGUACCCUGGAGAAACUUCAGAGGAGAGCGAUAGGGAUGAGACUGCGAACGAGUGGUGGUGGCAGAUAGGGAAGCAAAGUGAUUGUAAGUGUCAGAUCAUUAGAAGUGUUAGCCAAUGGUCAGCUGGUACUAACCAGCCUGAAGAUAGCAUUCACCAAGCUUACUGUUCUCUCAUCCAAAACGCUGAACAUUUUAUCUACAUUGAGAACCAAUUCUUCAUCUCUGGGCUAGAGAAAGAUGACACGAUUCUAAACCGAGUUUCCGAGGCCUUAUACAGACGCAUUCUGAAGGCUCAUGAGGAGAAGAAGUGCUUCCGUGUAGUAAUCGUUAUACCUCUCCUCCCUGGAUUUCAGGGAGGUGUUGAUGAGUUUGGAGCAGCUACGGUUCGAGCACUGAUGCAUUGGCAAUACCGUAGCAUCUCCAGAGACCGAACAUCGAUUCUUGACAACCUUAAGUCUUUGCUCGGUCCCAAAACGCAAGACUACAUCUCUUUCUAUGGUCUGAGAUCACAUGGACGGUUGUUUGAGAAUGGUCCUAUUGCUACUAGCCAGAUUUACGUGCAUAGCAAGUUACUGAUUGUUGAUGACCGGAUUGCUGUGAUUGGUUCUUCUAAUAUUAACGAUAGGAGUUUACUAGGGUCACGAGAUUCUGAGAUAGGAGUUGUGAUUGAAGACAAAGAGUUUGUUGAAUCUUCAAUGAAUGGAGUGAAGUGGAUGGCUGGAAAAUUCUCUUAUAGUCUCAGAUGUUCACUUUGGUCGGAACAUCUUGGUCUCCCAGCCGGAGAGGUGAAAAUGAUAGAAGAUCCAAUAAAAGAUGAAACAUACCAAGACUUGUGGAUGGCCACGGCUAAGAGGAACACUGACAUCUACGACAAAGUCUUCUCUUGCAUACCAAAUGAAAAUAUACGCUCAAAAGCUGCAUUGAGUCUCAACGUGGCUCUUUGCAAAGACAAGUUAGGUCAUACGACGAUCGACCUUGGCAUUGCACCAGAAAAGCUAAAACCAUGCGGAAGCGACUCGUGGGAGAUGUUGAAGGAAACUAGAGGACAUCUUGUUUGUUUCCCAUUAAAUUUCAUGUGCAAUGAAGAAGAUCUAAGGCCGGGUUUCAACGAAACUGAAUUCUACACUGCUCCUCAAGUCUUCCACUGACCACUAAGCUGGUUAUCGAAAACUAUAUUAGAUGGCUAAAAAGUCAACACGUUUUUAUAUGUGUAGAGAUGUUAGUUAUAUAGGUAUAAUAUUGAGAUAAUUACUUUUGAUUGGUUUCUAGGUUUGAGAAGGUGUGUAUGUUUAUAUAGAAGAAUAAAAACAAACUAUUUGUGAAUAUCUAAAAGUUCCUCAAGCUGUACAAUAUUCCUUCCAUUCCUAAAAGAUCUAUAUUUCAGAGA